GACGCUGCCUGCUUUUCCCACUCGCUACCAAUUGUACGUGUGUCUGUACUCACUUGGUUCUUGAUGCAGCUAGAUUCGCAUUCUCCCAGUUCCAAUUUUCAUCCAGAUUUCUCAUCUCAGAGUACUUCAUAUUUGAAAUAUCUGAAAUUCCAUCAAUUCCAUGAUAUUUUGCGUACAGAUCCCGCCAUCUUUGCUACGAAAUAGUCUUGUAGAUUUCAGAUUCAGCUGCAGAGCUAUGAGCGUGUACACUCAGGUCGGUCCUCUCUCCGUUCUAGCACGCGAUAGGGUUCAUUAUCGAGAGAUGUGAAGUCCCCUUUGCACAUUCUUUAGGAAUUCCCUUAGAGCCAGAAUCCAUGGUCUGAUCCUGCAUUCACCGCUUACUUUGAUUCACAUAACUUUUAGUAGGCUCCACUGAGUUCGAAAAGCUUCCUGCUUCGACUUUGCACAAUCCGCUAGAUCCUCUGUCUCAGCAGAGCUUGGAGUACUCUGUGUCGCUCCUUUUCCACCGCUAGAAGUCUCAUGCCCAGCAGGCACAUGCACUCGAGGUGUGAAACUGCCACGGAAAGUUUAGUUUUCUUCAAGUGAACCGGGCUUGCGUAUCGAGGAGACGGUCUCUUUUAAGCUCGGUCACAUUUCCCCGUGCAUGUUCAGGAGGACACGGUUCUUCCUCUUUGAAAGCAGAGGAAAGAGUUGAAGGUGCAGGUGCGUCCAUGGACAGUCACGAUGCUGAGCUUGCGACACUGGGAAUGGACUCUGCAGACCACGAACCAGAGCUUCCCUCCGCUGUCCAGGAUCUUAUAAGGCAUCUGGAAAGAAGACCUCCCAUUUUAAGCGACCGGCCAUUGGAGGAAUUCUUCCCGGAGCGGGAAUCGCUCUUGACGAACAGAGGGUGGCGAAGCAAAGUGCGCCUUCGAGUGCUGGAGGCCAUCGGCAGCUGCAAAACCUUUGAGCAUCUGCACGUAGAAGAUUUUUGUGGCGGAAAUAUUUCCAGGUUGAGCGCUAGUGAGUGGGAGUUGGUUUUAAGAGGUUACAGGUCUAGCACCUACCUACAAGGGAUAUCACUUUGGGGAUUGACGUGGACAUCACUUGCGGAGAUGGAAAGCUUGUGUUUACAGCUCGGGAGAAUUCUGGGUAGCUCUAGUGUAACCUUUGCGCAAAUUCUUGAUUGCGGAUUAAGUGCCAGGUGUUUCUUAAAUCUCGCAUCAGGACUGCGAGAAAAUUCUGAAUCAAAACUCAAGCAUUUAAACGUACGGAACGCCUGGCAGGACAUGACUGCUCUCAAGCAUGUUGCCGACUUGAUAAGCAGUGCUGCUAAUUUAGAUACUUUCUCGUUUGGGUGCCAGUCCGACCCCAUGAUCGACAUGGACGAGAGUGCCGUUCGGACCCUGUCACAGGCACUGAUCCGGAGCUCGGUUUUGGAAGAAUUACGUUUAGAGGAGGUGGAGGGGAGAGCGGCGGUCUUGUUGCUCAACGCAUUGGCCGGAGAUGAUGGCAACCGAUCCAUUGAAUGUCUUAAACUGAGGCGCCUGUCUGGAAUCGGCGACUGUAUACCAGAACUUUUCACUUCCAAUCGAUCAUUGAGGAAAGUUACGCUUGCCGACAUCAAGAUGCGUCCUGAGGAAUGUCGCGUGCUUGGCAAGGCCAUACGUGAUAAUGUUACAACAACAACUAUCAAUAUAGUGAACUAUGGGAAUUAUGGGGAUCCACUGUGUAGAAUUUCACUUGAAGGAUUAGAACAGCUUGCCUGUGCUGCUAGCUCCGAUUUCAAGGACCCCGUAUUGCAUCUUGAAACCAAUCUUCGGGAUAACGAUGCAUUAAUGUCAGCACUCGACCUUUUAGGCAGGGUACUGUGCGGAGAAAUCAAAUCUAUAGAACGUUUUGGUCUAAUUACUUCCGCUCCGGGGAGCAACCUAGAGAGAAUAGACAGUAUCCUUCCGAUGAAUGAAAAAACUGGAGAAACUUCAGUUCUGAAAAUUCUCCAGUUAUCAGGAAUGAGCGAAAAUAUUUUCAAGGGAAUAUGGAAGCAACUGCUUUGGAACUUGCGUAGUAACACAAGUGUCACUACGUUGGAUUUGCAUAUGGAAAGACUAGACAAAGAGGCAGCACUAACAGAAGAGGAGUUCAGGGACCUGAUGGGGCUACUCCAAGUGAACUUGACUCUCCGGAAGAUAGAUUUCUCAACUCCCUGGAUCGCGCGGGACGCGUUUGCGCGGGACGGAAAGAGUUGGCUCAUUCAAGAGGCCCUGAAGCAGAAUCAGGAGCGGGCCGUGUACAUGUCCGAGUUUAGAGAAGCGAAGCUAAAAUUUGGAGAUGCAAAAGCUGGUAGACUCUUCUUAUGCGGCUCUCCUAGAGCAGGCAAGACUCAACUGCGUCAAACUCUAAUGAGGAUAAUCCAAGGCAAAAGCUGGUUUGGAAACAAAUGGCGUGAAUUAUGGAGGACCAAGGGCAUUGAGGUGGAGUUGUUGCAGAACAAUGACGAAAUGCAAAUCUCAAUUUGGGAUUUGGCAGGACAAUGGAUUUUUCGUACCCUUCAAAAUAUACUCUUCACUCAAACCAAAAAUUUUUGUGUUUUUCUUUUCGUGUAUAGCUCCUUCUGCGAGAAAACUAAUUCCCCCAAACCAUACUCUAGUUUCCAGAUUGAGUUGGAGGAGUGGUUGAUUUUUAUCACUUCCAGCACUAAAAUCACUGGACAUAAUCUUCCACAAGUUCUUGUUGUAAUUUCACACAAGGACAAGAUGAGAUCCAACUCUUUGACUUGGGCUCACUCUAUAGUGGAAGAACUGAGAAAGAGAUUUGCAAAGUGUGUGGAUCUCUGUCCUAGUCAAGAGUGUUUCCUUAUAGAUGCCCGGAAGAAGAAACAUGUGAUUCCCCUCAAAAAUCGUAUUUUUGAGAUCUUCCAAAAGUUGUUGAGUGAGAAAUCUCCAAGGGUUCCUGACUUGUGUUUUCAUCUCUCUUCCCUCCUGGUUACAAACACCAAGUACACUAGAAGUUGCCCACUUUGGCCAUCCAAAAAGUUUCAUGAAUUUUGUGUUCCCAGCUUGAAACAAUUUAUUCCAUCAACUUCUGUUCACUCUGUUGAUCAUUCAAGUAUAUUAACCUCAGUCAUAUCCUAUUUAAAUGACGUUGGAUCCAUCAUUUAUAUCCCCAACCUUGAUCACCUCAUUGUAGAUCCGAAUUGGCUCACCAAUGCAUUUUUGGGUGAGCUGAUAGCUCUGGGUCAAGACUUUCAAGCUCAAGAGUUUGAGGCUUUUGAUAAGACAAUGUUACUUGACUCAUACACGAGCAAGGAUGGAUUUGUGAGUGAAAGUGUCUUCGCUCAAUUGAUAGAAACGUUUCUGGGAAAGCAACCACGCCUUCAAAAUGUUGACAGAGAGGUCAUUGAAAAGAUUCUUUUCAAUUUAGAUUUGUGUUUCAAGCUCGAAGAUACUUCUCAAUAUUUCAUUCCCUCCUUCAUCCGUGAGUAUGCAAGCAUGGAUGAACAGAAGCACCAAGCAGGGGCACACACGGGAUCUAUGGCAUGGGAUUCUAGGUUUCGGACUCCACAAUUUGCCGGCAUUCGGAUUCAGUGUGAAGAUCAAACAACAAUGUCACUGACUGCUGCUUUUUUCCCACGUUUCCAGAUGUUCAUGAGACGGAAGUUGAUAUCCGAGAUGCAUGUUCCCAAAGAGACUGUGACAUGCUCUCGACAUUAUCUGCUACUUUUCCUUGAUGGCCAUCAGAUUUACGUGCAACACGUUCAGAGUGAAAAGUCCCACAAUUACGUAGAUGUCUUGAUGUUAUGCUCGGAGCAUAAGUCAAGGGAGGUGGGUAUCAAAUAUGUCCUGAAGCAUGUUGUCCAGGAGUUAAUAUCAUUUUGCGCAUCACCCAAAGGCUGUCCCGGUGUGUCUUUAGUGCUCGGUGUGAUCCAAACGCUUUGCGUGGAAAUGCUGAUUCCGAGUCAUCUCAGAGGAGCCAUUCUGAUUAAGGACCUCAAAUCAGAGUUCUCUGACAGCAUCAGUCGCAAACUUGGAGAUAUUGCGCUGGAUGAGUCGCAAUCGGUGGAGGAAGAGUUGCUGCACUAUGAGCACUCUUGGCCCCCGAUUCCAGGGCUUUUGACCAUCAAAUGCGAACGGGCUACGAAUCUGCUGUGGGAGAGCGAUUUGGAAGCGGUUAUAAAUGAGAUCCGACAAAAGCGCAUUCAACAAUUGGAGUCACUACAUAAAGGCCUCAUCACGUUGAACCAUGACUUGGCUCAGUCUCACCCUGAAAGUGAGAACAAGGCUAGCAGCUCGAUGUUACCUCAGACUCAAGACUGCAAUCCAGCUUCAUCCAAGUGCUUGAGACGUGCUAGCACAAGUGUGGGAAAUCGUUCAACUCAAAUGGUUUUGUCCAAGAUCAAUGAGCUAGUAAAGAAGGUUGAUGGUUUGGAUGAGAAAUUGAGAUCAGUGGAGAGCAUUCUGCGGAGAUUGGAUAUGAAGGUGGGACAAAUACUCUCUCUGCAACAAGAAGUUCAGUCUACGUUGAGUGACCUCAUGUCUAAAGUUGACAGGGUAAUAGAUUAUUCUGAUUCACCUCAGCAUUCCAGAACGCCCAAGCGACCUUACAUUACGGACGAUGUUGGUUUUUUCUACAGGAUGAGUGCAACUUUGCAUCUCGGAACAACCGUUCGCUUAAGACUGAUGUGUGAGUCUGUGACUGGGUGUCACACCGUCAAAGAUCAAGAAGGUUUAAAGUUGCGCUUAGAUAAGGAGAAUAGCGGGUGGAUUCCAAGAGUUAUCGAAAUUUCAUACAAGGUCCUGUAUUAUGCUAUAAAGGCUGGAAUAGGUGUCACCCUCGGGUUAGGCGACGGUAUCCCGGAGUGGGAUGAUUUGAAAACUGAUGUUGUUAAACUAGAUGGUAUUAGUAAUGAUGAUGGUAGGGCAAUUCGAAAAGGUGGGCAAAGCGAGCGCCUGAGAGAAGCAUGGUUGAGGAUUCAGCAAACUCUUGCGCCUCAGCUUCAACAUAAUUAUUCCAAAAUCUUCAGGUUGUAUCAGGUGAAAUACUUGAGACAACAAAUUGGUGGGCAUGCAUGGGUGUGCGAGGAGUGCAUGAAUCAAGGUAUUCGUUCUAAGAGUUUGACGUGUUAGGAUUUUCAAGAGUUUAGAAUGUCAUUCUACAAAUGACAAGCAUAUGUUUAGACCUUCAUGGAA